GCGCGGGGGCGGAGGGGCGGGCUCGGAGGCAGCGGCUGCCCCUCCUCGGGCCUGCGGCUCCCUGCGUCCCCGCGGAACGGCCGGAAGUAAAGAAUGCUGAUGGAAGAACCAUUUUCUUAAUUUUCAAAUUGUUGAGCUGGUUGCCGUGAUGGAUGAUCAGCAAGCUUUGAACUCAAUCAUGCAAGAUUUGGCUGUUCUUCAUAAAGCCAGUCGACCAGCAUUAUCUUUACAGGAAACCAGAAAAACAAAAGCUUCAUCACCAAAAAAGCAGAAUGAUGUUCGAGUCAAAUUUGAACAUAGAGGGGAAAAAAGAAUCCUUCAAUUCCCCAGACCAGUUAAACUGGAAGAUCUGAGAUCUAAGGCUAAAAUUGCCUUUGGACAGUCUAUGGAUCUCCAUUAUACCAAUAAUGAGUUGGUAAUUCCAUUAACUACCCAAGAUGACUUGGACAAAGCUGUGGAACUGCUGGAUCGUAGUAUUCAUAUGAAGAGCCUCAAGAUAUUACUUGUAAUAAACGGAAGUGCACAGGCUACUAAUUUAGAACCAUUGCCAUCACUAGAAGAUUUAGAUAACACAGUAUUUGGAGCAGAGAGGAAAAAGCGACUUUCUAUAAUAGGUCCCACUAGUAGAGAUAGAAGCUCCCCACCCCCAGGAUACAUUCCAGAUGAAUUACACCAGGUUGCCCGGAAUGGGUCAUUCACCAGUAUCAACAGUGAAGGAGAGUUCAUUCCAGAGAGUAUGGACCAAAUGCUGGACCCAUUGUCUUUAAGCAGUCCUGAAAAUUCUGGCUCAGGAAGUUGUCCAUCACUUGAUAGUCCUUUGGAUGGAGAGAGCUAUCCAAAAUCACGAAUGCCUAGGGCACAGAGCUACCCAGAUAAUCAUCAGGAAUUUUCAGACUAUGAUAACCCUAUCUUUGAGAAAUUUGGAAAAGGAGGAACAUACCCAAGAAGGUAUCAUGUUUCAUAUCACCAUCAAGAUUAUAAUGAUGGUCGUAAAACUUUUCCAAGAGCUAGAAGGACCCAGGGGACCAGCUUCCGGUCUCCUGUGAGUUUCAGUCCUACUGAUCACUCUUUAAGUACUAGCAGUGGAAGCAGUAUCUUUACCCCAGAGUAUGAUGAUAGUCGAAUAAGAAGAAGGGGAAGUGACAUAGACAAUCCUACUUUGACUGUAAUGGACAUCAGCCCACCCAGCCGCUCGCCUCGUGCUCCAACCAACUGGAGAUUGGGCAAACUGCUUGGCCAGGGAGCCUUUGGCAGGGUCUACCUCUGUUAUGAUGUUGAUACAGGGAGAGAAUUGGCAGUUAAACAAGUUCAGUUUGACCCUGAUAGCCCUGAGACCAGCAAGGAAGUAAAUGCACUUGAGUGUGAAAUUCAGUUGUUGAAAAAUUUGCUGCAUGAGCGAAUUGUUCAGUAUUAUGGCUGUUUGAGGGAUCCCCAGGAAAAAACACUUUCCAUAUUUAUGGAAUAUAUGCCAGGGGGUUCAAUUAAGGACCAAUUAAAAGCAUAUGGAGCUCUUACUGAGAAUGUGACUAGGAAAUAUACCCGUCAGAUUCUGGAGGGCGUACAUUAUUUGCACAGUAAUAUGAUUGUUCAUAGAGAUAUCAAAGGUGCAAAUAUUCUGCGAGAUUCAACAGGCAACGUCAAACUAGGAGAUUUUGGGGCCAGCAAAAGGCUUCAAACCAUCUGUCUUUCAGGGACAGGGAUGAAGUCUGUCACAGGCACACCAUACUGGAUGAGCCCCGAAGUAAUUAGUGGAGAAGGCUAUGGCAGAAAAGCAGACAUCUGGAGUGUGGGCUGUACUGUGGUGGAGAUGCUAACUGAAAAGCCUCCUUGGGCAGAAUUUGAAGCUAUGGCUGCCAUCUUUAAAAUUGCCACUCAGCCAACCAACCCAAAGCUGCCACCUCAUGUCUCAGACUAUACUCGAGAUUUCCUCAAACGGAUCUUUAUAGAGGCCAAACUGAGACCUUCAGCUGAUGAACUGUUAAGGCACAUGUUCGUGCAUUAUCACUAGCAGCCAGUAACCUCUCCUGUGCCUCUACCCAGCUCCCAUCAAUUCAUUCACCUUCUCUCUGACUGCACUUUUCUUUUUUAUAAAAAAAGAGAGAUGGGGAGAAAAAAGACAAGAGGGAAAGUAUUUCUCUUGAUUCUUGGUUUAAAUUGUUUAAUAAUAAUAGUAAUCUAAAUUUUUUAUAUUUAAUCUUUUUUUCCCUUACAAGAACUUGAAACUCCUUUUUUUUUUUUAAAUUUUUAAUAAUGUACUGAUGUGGUUCAGAGAGAUAAAGCACUUUAGUACAUAGUUGCUCUUUUUAGUACAAACAAAUCAUUUAGAAUACCUAAGGAUUAGAGAGUCUUUCCCCAUGUCACUGACAGAUUGGUGGUGAUGGGGAGACAUGGAAAACAAGGAGAAGAAAAUGAUGUAUGAUUUGUAGUUUUUAGUGAUUAGUAUUUAAAAUAGAUCCUCAUUUAUGGGGUUGAGCCCUAAACUUGAGUUUAGGGUAGGUACUCAACUUAAAGAAUAUAGGUUCCUUCUUAUAUCUGUAUUCUUUAGAUCCUAACCUUUGUCUACCAGGCUUUUUGCUCAGUAGGAGUCUUGAUAGAAAAUAUGAAUCUCUAAGAGGUAUGUUUAUUUGUUAAUCCUAACCAGUAUAAUAAGCAAAUACACUAUAAUAGAUCCAUGUUACUGGAAUCUGUAUACCUUGAGGGAUAGCUUUCAGCUUUAAAAAAAAAAAAAAAAAGAGAGAGAGAGAGAGAAAGAUACUAUAUUAGAGUAAAGCAGAUAUGAGAAGUCAGUGAGCAAAUCCAAAUUAAAAGGCAAAAAGAGAUUGGUGUGAUUCAGUGUGUGGGCAGAAGAAUCCACAUUUAACAGUUAAUAGAAAUAAUGAAAAGAAGAACUAAAUGUUUAGUGUAUUUUAAACUAUGGUCUUUACUGGAGGGAGAAAGUCCCAAGAUUAAGGGAAAAGAGAAAUCACCAAAUCAUGUAUCUUCCUAUUUCUAGCUCCAGAUUCCCCAUAGAUAACAUUCUUUGGGAACUAAGAAUUUAACUUGGGGCAUCCACAUGUUAAAGCUAGUCUCAUGAGAUAAAAAUCCUUGUUCUUGGGAUCACAGAAUACUAAAGCACCUCACAAAAUAAGCUACCGUGUAAAACAGUGGUUCUCAAAUGUUGGGUGGGAAUAAUUUUGCCUUGCAUUUGGCAGUGCCUGGAGAGUUUUUCAUGUCACAACUAGAAGGAUCAUAGUGGCAUUGGGUAGUCUGAGGCCAGGGAUGCUGCCAAAAAAAACUACACUAUACAAUACAGCAUCCCCAUCUGCUAACAAAGAAUUAUCCUGACCAAAAUGUCAAAAAGCGCUGAAGUUGAGAACCUGAUGUAAAGACCAGCCCCAGUUAUAAACUAAAAAUAGCCAUUUACAGAGUAGGUUCCUUGCAAAAAGUAUAUUUCAGAGAGAAAGAGAUGCAAUGCAGAAAAAGGGUUUUAUAAGAGCCGAUACCACUACUUCAAGUCAAGGGUGAACAAUUUCAACAAACAUCAAAUAGCAGUCCUUUCCUUUACCAGCUGUGUAUUAAAACCAGAUCAGUAACUUCCAUUGUAGAAACAAAAUGAAUUUAAACAUGGAACCUAUUAAACCCAGCCAUCUGUAUAUAUUCUUUCCUCAAAAGUCAGUUCAUAAUUGUGGGAAAAGAAAAGCAUAUCAAAACAAAGUAUUAACUACUUUAUAAGAAUGUUUAAAACUGCCAGGUAUUACUAGUAUAACAUACCCACCAAGAGCAAGGACAUCCAGUGGAAAGAAGCAUCUGGGAAACUCCCACUAUCUCUGAUGGACUUGUGCUACUGAAAAAUAUGAGUAAUAGCAGUAAUUUAGAUACUUGCAGUUUGUUUCAGCAUAUUAAAGCAAGUGCUAAGUACUUUAUUUUUAAAGGUUAGGAAAUAGUAGUCUUUCUGGAGACCCUAAAUGUGAAGCCUUUCGUGGGAUUCAUAAGGGACUCGAGUAUUUUAUUUUCUGCUAAAAGAUAUGCUCUUCUAGGGGCUGUUUUAAAAUACUUUGUUUAUGAAGUUGGGUAGAUCUUGGUUUCUUGGAUCAAGGUCCUAUCUGGCAUUUUCUCUAGGAAUAUUUGAAAUUCUACUAGCUAGUCUGAGAAAAAGUCAAAGCACAAAUACAGUUGUCAAGGCUUCUCCCAUACAUUUAUAAUUAAAGGAAGCAGCUUGCAAGGAAGAAUAUGAAUUAGUGGCCUCUUCCCCCUUGAAAAUCAACUGCCAAAUCUUGUGCUAUAAACGUAGUCCCCAAGGAUGUGGAUCUAUUAUAAUUUCUUUAGCUUUUAUGAGUGAAGGCAUCUCUUCUGCUUGAGCAAGAUUGUGGUAUCUGGACCAGUGGGCUUUUCCUUCAUUCCUUCGUCUUGUGUGGUUUUGAUUUCCUUGUAGCUCAUUUUUGGUUUGCCAGGGUAACUAGCAGUGCAGAAUAUGAGAGAAAUGCUCUUUAGAGAGAGAUCUUGGGGGGCUGUGAAGCCCAAGGCAAAAUUGUUUGCUUUUUUCUUCUCUAAAUGCUAUGGAAGAUAAAAUCACCUGAAAAGAAACUACUACUUUAACACUGCUGCAGAAGACCUUUGUUUCAUAAGAAAAAUAUGGAAAAGUAUUGUUCUUUAUGUAAAGACUUAAAAAUAGACUAAUAGUUUACAGAAUUAUUAUAUAAAAUGUGAUGUGAAUUUAUUUCAAACAAGUUAAAAAGGUACCAAAAAUGACAAUAAAAGUUAAUAUAUAUUAAACUACCAGAACAAAAAAGCUUAAGGUGGGAUGAGGUAUGAAAGACUAAAGGUAAAUUUUAGAAAAAAUUUUGAAAGGAAACCCAUUAGGGGCAGUUAAAUAUGACACUCCAGGUUUUUUUUUUCUAAUAAUGGUAUGGAUCAGAAAUGAAAUUUGAACUUUUAAAUAUGACUCUAAAUAUAUUUGUUUUUUAAAUGCAGAACUGAUUCUUCUAUACUGUAAUGUUUCUUUGCUGAGGUUGGAAAAUGGCCAGACUGCUGACUUUGUGCCUUUAAAAUGCAUUCUGCUUUGAUAGUGGCAGACUUUUUGGUGCUGGAGAAGAUUCACUAGCAGUCUUAUAUGUGCUUUUCAGGAAAUAUCUUUCUACUUAGGCCUUGAGAGAUUCAAAAUGGCAUGAAUUAGGCUUGGACCAAAUAUAAGAUCUUUUACAUUGCAAACAAACUGUAUUGAAUAAAAGGGUUGAAAAAUAACAUAAUGACUAAUGGAAAUUUUGAUGGUUGGUAAUUCUUUAAAAUGUACUUAAAAGUAUACAGACUUUGAAGUUUUCAGUAUGCCUAUCUUGAAAAUUUUUCAAUUUUUCUCUUUUACAAAACAUGUUUCUAACUUGAAAAUGAUUAAAGAUGAUUGCCUUAGAAAGUUCUCAAAGGCAGUCAACCUUACAUAAUUUAUAUAAGAGAUUGAAAUGUUAAUGCACAGUCUGAAAUGUAAAAGAAAAGUUAAAACUUAUUUCCGAGUAAGUUGAAUUGGCUUUCAGUUGAGAGAGCCUUUAUCUUAUUUCCAAUAGAAAGUACAGUAAAAAGGUGGAUUUUUUUUUUUUUUUUACAAGAGUUUUCUGCUACUAGAGCUCUUAUAUAUAUCAGGUCUGGUCUGUAGUACUUCUGAGAUGGUGUUGUAAGAUAUGUGAAGUCACUAAGAAAAAUAAAAUCUGGAUAGUUUAUAGGGACGACCAAGCUUGGGUGCAAAAGCCAAGAUACUUGUCAGAUGCAGACUCUUUGAACCACAGCAGAGCUCCGUGCCAGUGGUUUUGAGGUCUAGAGACCAGUAACUUGAUCCAGAAUACCUGGUGUCAGUUGAGUAUAGAAAUCUAUCAAUUUCUUUUAAAGAGAGUGAAUCUUUUUUACUUGCUUAUUCAAUAAUUGUGGCUUAUUAUGUCAGGUACUAGAUUAACUUAUCCUUAAGUAGGUCACGGUCUAGGAGGAAAUUAGGCAAACAAAUACACUUAUUUCAUGGUAUACCCUAACUCUGAAAGUUUAGCAGUGAUGUUUUUAAACAUCACUGUUUUUUAUGAAGUGAGAGGAAAGCAAUUUUGGGCAAUCAUUGGCUCUUGUAAACUAAAAUGCCAUUAACAGGGAAAAAGUAUCCCCAAAUUGGAGGGACCACAUAGGUCAGGUGGCCUCUGUCUCAGGACUUCCUCUAUAUAAAAAAGUCCAUCCCCUACUCAGUUCUAAUGGUGAGGGGCAUAUAUCCCAAAACAUGGGUUUUUUUCCUGCUUUUUCUUUUAAAGGGAAAACAGUUUUUAAAGUCUAAAUUUUUAAAUGUCCAAAACAUUUGAUAGAAGUUGUAUUCUGUCAACAGUGUUACAUAUGCUAGGAUCAGGACAAUUUCUUGAGCCCUUAUUGUUAUUUUAAGUUUGGUCUUUUUACAAAUGUAAUGCUCAUAUUUAUUUGAAUUUUAAGAUUGAUUAAGUGUUAAUGAAAAGCAAUUUAAUUGUUCAUUUUUGGUAGUGCCUUUUUCUCUGUAUGCCUUAAUUUUAUUUUAUAUCAAUAAUAUUUCAAGUUACCCACCACAGGAAGGUUUUUCCAAAAUCAGUAGGCUUCAAGAGUUCAUUUGGCCUUAGGACUCUGUGUUGGCCCAUAAACCUUUCUUAAUGCCUGCUUCCUCCUUCUACCUUUUUCUACCUCUUUUUAUUUUACAUAUAUAUAUUCUUCAUAUUUUACAUAUAUAUGUUCAAAGAGAAACAUUAGCAUUAGUCUGUAAUAGACACACUGCAGUCUCCACUAGACAUGAAUGCCUACAAUAAGGAUAGAAAGAGGUAUUCUAAUUCUAAGAGACGUAGAGAAUUGUUUUCCAGUUUGGUGACUUGACUGUCAAUCACAUUGGCACUGUCCAAAUUCUUUGUAUAUCAUGGUUCAGUUAUGAUUUUCAUAGCAGAGCUAGAAUGGUUAAUUUUGCCCUAAAGAGGUCAUUUAAAUGGUUUACAAUGUUAAGGCAAUGAAACUUAGGGCCAUGUGCAAGGAAUCCAGGGAUAGCAGUUCUGAUCCUUACUUUUAACUAACAUUUUGACUAAAGCUCUAGCUUACUUUUCUGUGAAAAGAGAAAGUGAGUGUGUGUGUGUGUGUGUGUGUGUGUGCGCGUGCGAGUGCGUGCAUGUGCGUGUGGGUGUGAGAGAGGGAGAGAGAGUGAGUUGGGGCAGGGGUGGGAAGGAAGGAAAAGUAUGAGUGUUCAAUUAGAUUAGUCUCUGUUACUAGAAGAACAACUGAAAUGUGUAUGACCUACUGAUGAUGGAUGAGUGUAAUCGUCUUCAGAUAGGAACGCCAGCACAUUUUCCACAAGUAGCUAGUACAAGUGAUUGUUUAAUAAAGGUAUUUAUUGUAAAUUGCCAAGCUCUUGGUUGGUAAAAGUAGAUUAAAAUUGAAUUUGUAUGUGUGUAUAAUAGUGAGCUUAUGUAUAAUUCUGAAAUAGAAAAUAAUUGAUUUUGCAUAGUUCUUCAUGAGCUCUUUGAAAUAGAAAUUCUUCCAGACAUUAUGAAAACAAGCUUCCUUAGCUUACCAAGUGUUCAAAAGGAAAUUGUCUUAUACCUCUUUUUGGUUGGCUAGGGAAGGAGUGCUGUGAAGCCACUGUUCCUACUUCAUAGUUGUCUUUAGCUUUGCUUUGACUUCUGCCACAGUCUGGACAGGAUGCCAUAAUAGGUAUGGGAAGUGUCAGGGGCAGCCAUCUCUCCAUACUCACCUUUCAGAGCUGUAGAUGAUGAUGAGCUUUUAGGGGAGUCUAGAGAAUCUUCUAAGUGAUAGAGCAGACCUGGUUCAGUUUCAGAAAGUUGAGGGUGGAGUCCUAGUUAAAGAGAAUGAAUUUUUAUUUGUUGCCUGUAUACAGCCUCAUGUAAUUCUUCAUAUUUUUCAUAAUUAUGCAUUUUCAUUGUAAUAUGAUAUUUUUGUUAAUAACAGCAAAGGCAUUGAGUCAGUGAGUACUGUUCUUCCCUAUGCCUGAUGACUCCUUGUUUGUAUUUACAAUCUGUAUUAUCAGAAUCACUUUAAACCAAAGCUUUUAUAUUCCCUGCACACAUAGCCAAAAUGAUUAUCACUGUUACUUCUGCCCAUCUGUAAGCUAACAGUAAAAACAUGUUAAAGCAGGUACUUGUAGAAUUUGUAUCUCAACCUAUCCUUCAAGUAAAAAGACAGGUGCUCAGUGUUUGCAUUUAGACAUACAGAACUACAUAAACAUUACAAAUUUGAGCUUGUACAUGUGCCAAUUUUACUGUCAUUUGACCAUAGAUGCAUAUACAUAAACGUUGACAUAUGAUGCCUCAGGUUGGUGGCAUAGUUUCUUCCUAGUGUCUUAACAUUUAUGAACUUGCGUUUGACUUGAGAGGCAUUUUAGGAAAGCUGUGAAGAAAAAUAGGUUUUGGGCUGAUGUCUGCUCUGUGCCAUAGACAUUUUGGAACGUAGGGGAGAGCCUGCUCUCUAGUAUACAUGCAGAAUUUGUUCCCAGAUAAGGAUUUCUGAGUCCCCCUCAUGCCAGUUGAGAACGGUAAAGUUUGUGACUAUACUAAAAAGCACUUUUGUGUUCAUUUAUUUACAUAUUUUUAUAAUUAAAGAAACCCAACAUGUAACUAGUGGUGAUUUUAGCGUAAGCAUUACUUGGAGGGGAGAGGUAGGUCACAUUUUAAACUCUGUUAGCUACUUGGGCUCCAAAAUGGAUUUGACAUAUUCUCAUUUUUCCAAAGACUUUUUUCCACCUGGGAAAAGAAGAAUGACUAGUGGAAACAUUUGAGUUGGGAAGGCUUAUGGGCAAAGGAAAGUAGGCCAAACCCUUGCAGUACACCCUGUUCAAGUGCAAGUACAGUGUCUAUGGAUAAGAAUACUUCUUUAAAAACAAACGAUUGUUUGUAAUACAAUCUUAAUUAGUAAAUAAAAAGUUUACAUUUUUUCUAUUGGUUUUAAAAUUUGCUACCCUGCAUUCUGAAAUAUUAUAAGAGUUAAUACCAAAAAUACUUUUAAUGUCUGACAUCUCUUACAUUUCACAUGGUUCUUUUUAUUCAAAUAUCAUUGUAAAUAAAAGUAAACUUGGAUAAAUUUGAAAAUAAACUUGUAAUUGUUACAAACUAUGAUUAUCAAUUUGUAAAUUUACCCUUUGACCUAAUGUACAUUUUUUAAUGUAGCCAUUAAAUUGUCUGUAUUUAAUCUAUUAGUUUCUCUCUGUAAACGUUUUUAAUCUCAGUUGAAUGCUGGGCAGUUUAUAAUUAUGUACAAAGGUGUUUUUUUCAUAUCAAAAUUGACUUUUGCACAUUUUUGGAAAUGUUUAAUUUGUACACUGAUUUACUACUCUGACUAAUAAUUGUUGAUGGGUGUAUGAGUAUCAUGAAUGCGUGCAUUGAACUACUGUCUGUGUCUUUAUAUUUUAACUUCUUUCAAGAUGUAGCCAUCAGUAACUGCACUGCUAUUACUGACUUAAAUGGACCUUCUUGCUUUUACAAAGUAUACUUAUCUAUGGUUCUAUCUUUGUUGAAGAACUCAGGAGUUCAGCAUCACUUUCUGAUUUUAUAUGUAUUCUAAAAUCCACGACUAAGUUGAAAGUAUGCUUGUAACUCUGGGUAUCAGGGGAUGUGUGUGUGGAGAUGUCUUUGUCUGUAGGCACAUGUAUAUAUCCCAAUAAUUUCUUAUUUUCAUUUCAUUUCUACAUUUUUAUGAACUUGUUUUAUAAGGGUACUGUUUAGUUAGAAUAAUUAAAUAUAUAUAAAAGCUUUCUGAGAGAUUAUUUACUAUAUGAAUAUAUUUUCAGCUGGCUGAUCAAAAAUAUUUUUUUAAUUUUGUUUUUAACCAUUUGAAAUGUAUUUGUAUCUCCAGAAUUGGAUGCAAAUUUACUUAGAUAUCAACUAAAAUAUUCUUGCAAGGAAGGGCAUUGAAUUCUCUUUUGAGAAUUCUGUGAAAUGCGAAUUAAGAGGAAAAAUGGGUUUUAAAGCAGUAGCAAAAACAUACUGCCCAUUAAAAUGGCCUUUGAAUUCUCAAAGCUAUGAAAAAAUGUGAGAAACUAAAUUGUCUUGAAGAGAUGUCAAGAUUUUUUUAUAUCUCCAGUUGCUGUUGGCCUGUCCUGUUGUUUUGGAACAUUUCCUAUAUCCGACCCUAAAGAUUUCAACUUUUAGUUUUUCUCUUUCUGGGCAAAGUCAAACCGCAUUAUAAAACAGUACAUUGACAUAUUGUGAUCCUCUGUAAUUGACUAUAAAUUGGUUUAGGAAUAUUUGAACAUACAUUGUUGUGUCUUUAGACUGUACUGUGUAUUUUAAGUACUGGCAGAGAAAGAAUUGGAAAUUAAAUUUCCAAUCUGACAAUGUUAUUGUACUAAAGGAAAACCUUGUUUUUAAUAUGCGGUACCACAUAAAAAUUAUUUGUAUUAGGAAUAAAGUCCACUGUUGAAGUUGAAUGUCACUAAGUGUAUUAUGUUACAAGGAGCCGGUAUGAUUAGAAAAACCUACCAGAAGCCAGAUACAGUGUGGUAUGUGCCACAUUUCAUGCACAUUUUGACUUUGUGUUGUUCAUUCAAAAUUGUGCUUGUAAAAAUGUAUAAAAUUUCUGAGUUUUACAAUUUUUUGUACUUAUUUUUUCUUGUUGGUAAAUAGCUUUUUUUAAAAAAAAAUCUAAUGUGAAAGAAACCAUGUUUAUAUUUUGUUAGUGAUCAAUGACUUUGUUUAUAUGGAAAUUUGUAUAUUGUUGGCUCACAUCUUUGUUUAGAUUUAUCGUGCAUGAAGGCCUGCAAUAAUUAGCACAAUGAAAAUUGCUUUUUCUUACAUGUUAGUUCAUCUUUUUUGAAAGAUUGUGGUGCAAAGGCUUACUCUGAGUAACCUUCUGGACUUUGGAAUGAAUAUAAAUGAAUGGCACUUUGAGUGUUAAUAAAGCUGAUAUUUAUUUCCACUGUGA